GUGGUAGACGCGUCGUGUCGGCGUAAAACGGCCGCUAAAGCCGUGCAGAACUGGCCCUGCGGGAUGGCGGCCUCUGAGGAGGAGGCUGAGGCCUUGACGGAGCAGCUGGACGUCGCGCGCCGCCUGGAAAAUUUGCCUGUGAGCGCGUGGCCCCCAGGGACAGAGCCAGAGCCCUUUCAGUAUACUCCUGAUCAUGUAGCCGGGCCUGGAGGAGACACUGAUCCCACUCUGAUAACCUUUCCCGGAUGUGUUUGUCUCAAAACUCCCUGCCUCCCUGGAACUUGCUCCUGUCUCCGUCGUGAGAAGAACUAUGAUGAUAAUUUAUGCCUCAGACACAUAGGAUCAGAAGCAAAGUGCGCUGAGCCAGUUUUCGAAUGCAAUGUCCUGUGUCAGUGCAGCGACCACUGCAGGAACAGAGUGGUCCAGCGGGGUCUGCAGUUCCACCUCCAGGUGUUCAAGACAGAUCGCAAAGGCUGGGGACUUCGUACCUUGGACUUUAUACCAAAAGGACGGUUUGUCUGUGAAUAUGCUGGCGAGGUUUUAGGAUUCCCAGAAGUACAGAGAAGAAUUCAGUUACAAACAAUACACGAUUCGAAUUACAUUAUAGCCGUCAGGGAGCAUGUUUAUAAUGGGCAGGUAAUGGAAACGUUCAUUGAUCCUACCUCUAUAGGAAAUAUUGGAAGAUUCCUUAACCAUUCUUGUGAGCCAAACUUAUUGAUGAUUCCUGUCCGAAUCAACUCGAUGGUACCAAAGUUGGCACUCUUUGCAGCCAAAGACAUUGUGCCAGAAGAAGAGCUCUCUUAUGACUAUUCAGGAAGAUUUCUUAAUCUGCUGGAUAGUGAAGACAAAGAAAGGUUGGAUAAUGGGAAAUUAAGGAAACCUUGUUAUUGUGGUGCUGAAUCAUGUGCUGCGUUCCUGCCUUAUGACAGCUCACUGUACUGCCCCUUAGAAAAGCCAAACACGAUGGACGAGAAUGAGGAGGAAUCGAGCGUGUUUGGCUCAGCCCUUCCUGGGUUCCCCUCUUACAAGCAGCUCACCCUCAGGGUCAGUCUCUGCUCUGUGGUAAGGAGCUUGCCCCUCACUGUAGGGGAGCCCAGUGGUUGUAACUUAGGAAUGUGGCAGAGACUACAGAUUGUCCAGCAACACUCUCUCUCCCCUUCUAUCAUAGAAUUCUCAGUUUUUAGCUGGGUACAUGACUGCCGAGAAUGCUCACUUUUCCUAGUGAGAUGUGGCUAAGGGACUAUUGUCAUAGCUAGUGGGAUAUGAGGGAAAACGUUGUGCCCUUAAGUGGAGAUAUCCUUCCCUUAUCCCACUCUUUUUUCUUCUUGGCUGGAAUGUAUACAUGAUAGCUGGAGCUGAAGCAUCCAUGCCAUACCCCAAAAUAACCUUGGAGAAGGAAGCCACACAUAGCAAAUCAGCAAAAUUGAAAGGAGUCUGGAGGCUGUACACUGUCCAACACUCUACCAGCCCUAGUCUGACACCUCUGGACUAUUCGGUGAGAAACUGUUUCUUCGUCAUUUAUGCCACUGUUAUUUUGAACUUUCUAGUACUAGCACCAAACCUAAUCAGUGAUCCAAGGAAACCCUGAUGGCUGAAUACCUAAACCUUCCUUUCCAGUCAAUUUUAUCAGUAAUAAGGCUGGUAUUUUCAUUUCUGUAUGACUCCAGCAGUUUAUUUCUCAUCUGUUUCUAAACAUAUCAAGGAAAAGGGCAUGAUUAAUUAUCGCCUGCUAAAACCCUAAUGACUAUCACCAAUAGUGAAAAAUAUAACCAUGAGAAUGACUUCCACAUAUGACGAAAAGUCAUAAAAGGAAACAAAUUGUAAAAUUUUUGCUAUAUACCUGCUGUACUUCAGGGCUUGUGAAGUUAUGCUUCAAACAGCCUCACUUCAUGUAUUAACAACAUGAAAAUAACCCUGUCAACACCACCAAAGGUGAUGGGAGUUUUAUAAUUCAAUUUAAACUUCUGGAGAGGCAAAAAUCUAUUAUUUCUUUUUCUAGUACAUUUAGACCCUACCACCAGGAGACUCUGUGCUUUCAAAGUUAUAUCAUAGGGACCCAUGUUAUAUAUAACACUCUACUCCUGUAUGAUAUCAUAAGUAGGAUAGUUGUACAUUUUAAGUGAAUGAAAUGUAUGGUAUGUGAAUUAUAUCUCAAUAAAACUGUUAAAAUA